GCGGCUCCCUUUCACUUCUCUCUAAACCUCCAGCUCACUUCCUCCUUUCUUUCUCUCUCGGUUGGAAGCAAUGAGAAUCUGAAUCUCCCAACCAAAAAAAAGUCAACUUUCCCUCACUCACACUGCCAGAACCUUCCUUUCACCCUCACAAUCACUGCCCAACCGAACCCAUUUCCCAGAUCUUCCGUUUGUAAACAUUAGUUUUCUGUUUGGAUGCUUUUUUGCCUUUUUUUUUUGUUUGCUUUUUGCUUGUGGUAUCUUAGGUGUGGUAUCCGGUUGCUAGAUUAAAAAGUUUGAAUUUUUUUGGUUCUAAGGUUUUUGCUUUUUGCAAAGAUUUCUGGGGAUUUUUGUUGAAGGAGCUCUUCCUUUUGUGAAGAUUUUAUAUAUAUAGUACUCGGUUAGCCAUUGAUCGUCUCGUUACGCUAAUUUUUAUUUACUAAAUUAAUAAAAUAAUAAAAAUGAAUAUAAAAUAAAAUAAUAAUAAAAGCACAUAAAAAAAAAAUAGUAUCUACAGCCUUUCCCUUCAAUCAUCUCUUUCUUUGUUUGAGAUGGAUGUCAAAUCCAUCCUUCAUGAACACCACUUGCUCUGUGAUGAAUAUGAUGAAUCACAGGAACUUUGUGAUAUAUGCAAUCAGAGAAUUGGUGGUAUGGCUUAUUAUUGUGAUAGAUGCAAGUUCUCAUUGCAUGAUUCUUGUGUUCAUCAACACCUACCUCCUCAGAUAAGUGCCCAUCCUUGCCAUCCCCAACACAAUCUUACUCUCGUAGGGUCAAAUCACAUGGAUUACAUAUGUGAUAUAUGUUUCAAUCUUUCUCGAGGCUAUAGAUAUCAUUGCAAAAAGUGUGAUUUUAGCCUUGGGUAUCCAUGUGCUUUUUCAACUAAUGAUGAGAAAAACAGACUCAAUGAUGAGACAUCUAAAAAACUUAGUGGUUUUACCCUCUUUAAUUAUAGGAGAGUGAGAAAGUAUGAGUACAUAUGUAGUUGGUGUGAGAACCAUUUGUCUGGAAUGUGUUAUUCCUGUUUUCACAAUGGUGCUUAUACCUGGUUCCACGAUUCCUGCCUAAUCAACAUGCCUGCCAUAAUCUUCAAACACUCAUUUCAUCCAUCACACCCUCUUCAAUUAUGCAACAGUCACUUUGAUAACGGGUUGUGCAAUGCUUGCAACCUACCAAUAUGGGAGUUCAGAAAAGCCUAUUGUUGUAGAAAAUGUGAAUUCCACCUUCAUGUUCAUUGUGCUAAACUACGACCCAGUCUCAAGGUUGAAUUACAUGAGCAUGGUCUUACUUUUUUUCGAAUAAAAGCUAAUACCCCUACCCACUUAUGCAGGAUAUGUGGUUUUAGUUUUGAUGCUAUAGGGGACGACAGUGCCUUUUAUCGUUGUGUCUACUGUAAUUUCAAUUACUGUUUCGAGUGUCUUAGAAUACCACAUUCUACUUCACACAAGUAUCACAGGCAUGAUCUCAGGCUUAUGGAUUCAUUUAUAGAAGAUGUUUCUGAAGAAUAUUAUUGUGAUACAUGUGAAGAAGGAAGAAAACCCAAGCACAGUGUUUAUUGUUGCAAGAAAUGCAAAUUUAUUGCUCACAUCGAAUGUGCACUCAAUAAGGUGCAAAUUGAACAUUUUGAUCAUCAACAUCCCUUGAGCUAUAAUGAGGCUAUUGAACAGAAUGAAAGUCUUCUUUGCAAUGGUUGCUGUCAGGAAAUUUUUGAUCGACACUAUGCUUGUGUUGAUUGUAAAUACCACUUACAUGAAACGUGCACUACAUUGUCGUAUGAGGUGUCACACCCUCUUCAUUGCCAGCAUCCUCUCAAGCUCUUCACUGAUAUAGUUGAAUUUACAUGUCAUGGAUGUAGGGAACAUUCUGGUGGGUUUGCUUACAUGUGCCUUCCAUGUGAUUUCCAACUUGAUGUGCAAUGUGCUACCUCUCUAAUCCCACCUAAAAAUGAGGGGCAAAAGUUGAAAGAGAUGGACAAAGUUUCCAAGUUGUGCCCUUUCAAUCAAAAUCAUAAGCUAGACUUCUUCAACCGUAGACCCGGUCUCAAAGAUUUGUCUUUGGAAUGCGAUGCUUGCAAGCUACCAAUCUUGGGUCCAGGUUAUAGAUGUCGUGAUUGUCUCAAUAUCAAAAUUCAUGAAUCUUGUCUUGCACAUAUGCAGGAGAUACAACUCACCUUUCAUCCAUUACACCCCCUUCAUCCACAAAUUGGCGAUUGGGAAAAUUGUUCUGCCUGUAGAUUUAAAAUCAUUGAAAGUAUCGGUUAUAGUUGUCGACAGUGUGAUUUCCACCUUCAUCUUCAUUGUGCUAAUUCCCUGAAGUUGGCCUUGAAAAUUAAGUCUCACAUGCAUAAUCUUUAUUAUUUUGGACCAGAUUAUGAGAAAUCCUACCAACUAUGUAACCAAUGCAAAAGUUACAUUGGUAAGGAACCUUUCUAUUAUUGCGUGGAGUGCAAUAUCAAUUUGCACUUAAAAUGUGUUCCCAUACCAUGUUUAGUUAAAUCCAAAUGUCAUAUGCAUCGUUUGACUCUUAAAAAUAAUUUUGUGGAAGAUGAUUCUGGAGAAUACUAUUGUGACAUUUGUGAAGAAGAAAGGAACUCAAAAAAUCAUUGUUAUUAUUGUGAAGAGUGUGCUGGACUAUUUGUUGCUCACGUCGAGUGCGUGCUUCUUACAGAUUUGGAAUUUCUAGAUGGAAAUUUCCAUGAAUUUUCCAACUUGAAAGAUGCUGACUCACCUACUGAGAGUUCCUCUAUGGAUAAGUUGCUUUCCCAGCCCCAUGCUGAAGUUUACCUGAACCAAAACAGAAUGGUAAAGUACUGGGUGGAUAAGAAGGUAAACAAAUACUGCUUCAUGUUGUUUGCAAGAGAUCUUUCAAUCACUUGGGCAGAAGAACACCGCUAUUGGCGCUGGUCAUACCAAAGAGAAACAAACAGCGAUGUGUUGAUUGAUGUUAUCCAACUCUUAAACGUGUGUUGGCUAGAGAUGCACGUGAAAUUCAAUGUGAAAAAGCUCUCACCGAAAACUUUGUACGAAGCUGUGUUCAUGUUUAAGUUGAUGGAUGAAGCAUAUGGAUGGGAUACUCCAGUGAACUUGGGAUUCACUCUUCCAAAUGGGUGCAAGGUUGAACGCAAGGAAAUUUUGAUGACCAAGCCAACAGGAGUAUGGAUAGAAAUCCUUGUCGGAGAAUUCACAACUUCAUUCGAAAUUGUUGGAGAAAUAGAUAUUUACUGUCACCAAUAUGAUGAAUUGACAUGGAAGAGAGGACUUAUUGUUAAAGGAGUUGCUAUUCUACCAAAGAAUUAA